AUGGCCUCUGACCUUACUUCCCAAGUUUUAGACGUCCUCGCUUCGACGGAUGAGCCGCAAUUGUCGAACCAUGCCUUCCCAUCAGCCCCCGCGCAGGGCGUCAAGGCUGCUCUAGACCGUCUUGCCGCAAGGGAUAUGGUGUUGCAAGAGACGAUCGAAAGCGAAGAAGUGUAUCUACUGCCUGAGGCUGAAGGUAUUGUCGCCAAUGGCAGCCAUGAAGCCAGAGUCUUCGAAGCCGUCAGCGCUGCAAUGGAGGGGUUGAAGAUUGCUGACCUGCCGGAUAUUGUUGGAAAGGAGAUUGCCAAGGUUGGGACAGGAAACGCAUUUAAAAAGGGGUGGAUUAAAAAGGACAAAGAUACAUUGAAGGCAGCUACAGAUUCAAUAGAGGACACCUCUCGUGAGCAGCUGGUUACCAUCCAAAAAACGAAGACACACCCAGACGCCAAAGUUCUAGCGGAGCUACGGAAGCGGAAGCUUAUCAAUACCCAAAAAGUGUUUGUGUAUAAGUUUUGGAAAGGCCCCAAGUACGCCAGAGAAUUUGUAAAGGAGGAAACAGAUCUAACUGUGGAAAUGUUAGCGGAUGGCUCAUGGAGGACGGCAAAGCUGAAGGGAUAUAACUUCAAGGCCAAGGGAGCCAUCACCCCAAGUGGUGCCUUGCACCCAUUGAAUAAAGUCCGCCAUGAAUUUAGACAAAUUUUCUUUGAAAUGGGCUUCCAGGAAAUGCCCACCAACCGUUACGUUGAAUCUGGUUUCUGGAACUUCGACGCUCUUUUUGUGCCACAGCAACACCCUGCCCGCGAUCUCCAAGACACAUUCUAUAUCUCCGACCCGGUACAGGCGGAUAAACCAAGGGCUGACCCGGAAGGUGACAUCCAUCUCUCGAGUUUAAACCAGGCCCACCGCUAUGCUUCUUCAAAGACUACACUCAAACCACUGGACUAUGAGAAAUACUGGCAGAACGUUCACGCUGCUCAUGAGACGGGUUUUAAUGGCUCUAUUGGUUAUCGUUAUCCCUGGAGUGCGGAUGAAUCAUUGCGCCUUGUCCUACGAACACAUACCACCUCUGUCUCAGCUUAUAUGCUUCAAAAGCUAGCACAAAAUCCACGUCCCGCCCGCUACUUCAGUAUUGACAAGGUCUUCCGCAACGAAACUCUCGAUGCAACUCAUCUUGCGGAGUUCCAGCAGAUCGAAGGUGUCAUUGCAGAUUUCGGCCUCUCGCUUGGCGGUCUGAUCGGCUUCAUGGAAGUCUUCUUUGCUAAGAUGGGUAUCCAUGGUCUACGCUUCAAGCCCGCCUACAACCCCUACACAGAACCUAGUAUGGAGAUCUUCGGCUACCAUCCCACUUUGAAGAAAUGGGUCGAAAUUGGAAAUAGCGGUAUGUUCCGGCCGGAAAUGUUGGAGCCAAUGGGUAUCCCAAGUGAUAUGCAGGUUUAUGGCUGGGGAUUGAGUUUGGAGCGACCAACCAUGAUCAAAUAUGGUGUGAACAAUAUUCGAGAUUUGGUAGGACAUAAAGUAAACCUAAACUUCGUUGAGUCGAAUCCUGCUGUGCGCCUAGAGAAGGAAUAA